AUGAAUAACGCCACCGCUUCAUCGGACUACAACGACGACCCCAUCGGCGACACCGCGCUCGGCGGCUUCGGCUACGGCGUCGGCCUCUCCAUCGCCGCCCUCGUCGUCUUCGUCGUCAUCACCUACUUCUCCUACAAGUGCAAGCGAUCGCAGACGGACUCCUUGUCCUCCUCCGUCCACGUCGUCAUCCACCGCGACGGCCUCGACGCCGCCGCCAUCUCCGCCUUCCCGCUCUACACCUACGGCCAACUCAAGCCCCACAAAGGCGGCGGCGCCGCCGGCUGCGCCGUCUGCCUGUCGGACUUCAAGGAGAGCGAGGAGGUGCGGCUGCUGCCGGAGUGCGGGCACGUCUUCCACCGGAGCUGCGUUGAUCCGUGGCUGAUGAUUCACCCCACGUGCCCCAUCUGCCGGAACUCGCCGCUGCCGACGGCGGAGCCGACGCUGCUGCCGGCGUCACAGCCUGCUCCGGUUGCUAACCAAUAA